AUAAAUGUCCGCCAGAUUUGAAAGGAUGCCAAGCACACAAGAAGCAAACUAAUGACAAGGCAGAAAAGUCCUAUACGAGCAGGGAAUUGCAAUGAAGGUGCGGGGGAGAGCUGGCCGGGUGGACUGAUAGUUGGGCGAGCUUCAGAGCUUCCCAGGCAGCAACGCCUGCGUACUGCUUUUUGUCUUGACUGACGUUCUCCCACCGCUCCUGCCCUACUUCUUAUAACAGCAGUCAAUUAAUUCAUCGCUCGUUUUCUACCAAAUCUGCAACCUCAGCGUGUUUCAUAAGUGUGCAAUUGAAGACUCCAUAAUGGAACCGAAUGAACCAGCAAAAAUGGCCACCGAGAAGAAAUACUUCACCAUGCUCGAAAACCACCCUGAAGUCUUCACCACACUCGCUCACACCCUCGGCCUCCCCCCUUCCAUCACCUUCCACGACAUCUACUCCUUCUCCCCCCCAGCCCUCACCCACAUCCCCCGCCCCUGCCUCGCCCUCAUAGCCAUCAUUCCCCUCACCCCCUCCUGGGCCCUCGACCGCCAAUCCGAAGACGCCCGUCUCGGCGACCCCAAAACCUACUACCACGGCAACAGCAACCCCUCCUCCUCAGCCCCCAUAAUAUGGUUCAAACAAACCAUCGGCGACGCCUGCGGCUCCUACGCCCUUCUCCACUGCUCUAUCAACGGCCCCGCCGCCUCCCUCAUCCAUCCCGGCAGCACCCUCGAUCAAAUUCGCAAGGACGCAGCCCCGUUGCCAAGAGAAGAACGUGCAGAAUUAUUGUACGACAACAAGGCAUUUGAAGAGGCCCACCAAUCCGUAGCGGCAAUGGGCGAUACCGCCGAGCCAAGAGACAGGUCUGUAGGGCUAGGCCAACAUUUCGUCGGUUACGUCAAAGCAAACGGACGGCUCUGGGAGUUGGAAGGGAGCAGAGAGGGUCCGUUGGACAGGGGUGAGCUAGGAGAUGACGAAGACGUCCUAAGCCCCAAGGCGUUGGAGUUAGGUCUGGGUAGGAUAAUCAAGUUGGAACACGAGUCUGGUGGGCAAGACUUGAGGUUUAGUUGUAUUGCCAUGGCACUGAAAGACGAGCAAUCCGAGUAGAGUCAAGCUCUCGUACGUACUAUCAAUCUUACUACUGAUGUAUGCUUCUCUAUUGCUGCUUUCAAGGCACAUGUUCUCCAUCCCAUCAGCCACGAGGCCCAGAAGGUCCGCC